AUUUAAUAACGUCUGGUAAAGUCGACAUGAUACUUUGAUAUCCAGCUUCUCCACAUUACACCGUCGCGUCACUUCCUCAGCCCAUGAUGCCCAUCCCUUUGGAAAAAAAAAAAAAGAAAAAGAAAAUUCACACAGACAAACGACGGCGAGAAAAAGAGCGAGGGAAAAGUGGAGAGGGAAGCAAAAGUCAAAAAGCCAGAUGAAAAAGUUUGAUCCUGAGGAGCGAGCCAACCAAAGACCUGAAUAUUCUCUGUAAAUCAUGCCACUGCACAAAUCAUCAACCCGGGCACCUCGCCUGGACCCGACCAUGAUCUCGGCCCCGUUGGGCGACUUUCGCCAUACCAUGCACAUUGGGAGAGGAGGCGACGCCUUUGGGGACACCUCCUUCCUGUCCACUCUUGGCCCGAGCUCAGCCAGCCCUGAUCCGGAGACGCCACCGCCGCCGUCGCCGGCUGUUGACCCUCAGGUGGCGGCGUCCAACCACAGUGAUCUUCACACAGACGCUCCAGGAAGCCCACAGGACAGUGAGCUCCAGCACUCCGAGUCAGUUUCUUCGUUCGACUUGGAUUUUGAUCUAGGCCCGUCCAUGCUGGGGGACGUUCUCGGGGUGAUGGACGGUUUGGGGCUCGACUCCAACGAGGAGGACGUGUUCAAUCCCAAAAGUGGCGCUUCCUCGGUGGAAACGAAGCAGGAAAGAGGGGCCGUGGAGAUGUCUGUGAACAUGCAGAACGAGCUGAACGGGAAGGACUUGGUGGUUGGGUUGGAUGAAGACCAGGUGGGAGACGGCAGGAUACCAGAUGGGAAGCCAAAGGGGCUGCGACCAAAAGUGCGAUUCAGUGACAAACGAGAGGAGAUAAUUCGCCAAGCGUCCGAAGAGGAAGAGGGUCAAGGGUUUGACUUCCAGGAUGAGGAUCAGCUGGCGAGUCCAACGAGUGUAGUAGGUGGAGGUGAGAUCACCAACCACAAAGUAGAUUUGCCACCUAGUCCGGCCUCGUCACAUAGCUCAGAGUAUGAAGGAGUCACGCCGUUGGACAGGAGGAGGGUCGACAGCUGCCACUCAGAGACUGAUUCAGAGGAGGAUGAGGAGGAGGAGGAAGGACGGGGCUACACAUUUGAAGAUGAGUUUGAUGAUGAAAUCGGUCUAUAGGUACGAUUUCCCCUUUAAAGACACAUCUUUGCUGUCAAGUAAAUCAAGUAUACUGUAUUUCCCUUCACUCAUCAUUUCAGUAUCAUUUGAAUGGGAGGCUUAAACAGAAUGCAAACUGGAUUUAUUUCCUCUUUCUUUUUUUUACAGUUUGACGAUGUUGCUCAACUGGAAAAGACAUUUCAUGUUUUAUCUGUGAGGGUAACAGAUUUGUGUCAUUGAGGUUAUUACAGUGAAAGGUUUGUAGCACUUUGAUUUAUUUCACUGACCUGGAAGCUUUGCUAUGAAACAGACUAAGUUAAUGACACUCACGUUGUUGAUUUGUACUAUUUCUUACCAUCGGAAGCGCACACAACAGGUGUUUAUUGAGCUUUAUGUUAUAGUGCCUUAAAGAGAGCUGUAUUCUUACAUUAUUGUACCAUGUGCUAUAUCAAUGUCUUAAUAAUUAUUUCUCAUAUUGCAUGUUUACUACGAUCUCCAUGUCUUCUCUUGAUGUUUAAUGCAUUUGACGAGCUUUACAAAUGGUUCCCAGAGACAAAGUUAUCCUGUGUUUAGUUAAUUACUGUGAAUUUGUCACAUUCCAAGUCUGACAGUGUGAGUUUCUCUGUUUAACACAUCUGUUUUCAUAGUGCAGUUAUUUAGCAUGUUUAAGUUACCAAAGCUUUUCUUUGGGCUGUGGGGCUGGAACUAAUUUGAUGCUAAGACAAUCAUGGGAUUUAAAUUGUAAAUCAGGACCAGCGGUGUAUUUUUGUACAUGUUUUUAUUUUAUUUUUUGCUUGUAUAGUUCUUUUAUUUUGAACAAAUAUUUUAUUUCGUAAUGCUGUAAAAGGGAGAAACCAUUAUGCUCAUCUGUUAAAUGCUGGUUUAAACACAUUUGUUAUCCUGUGAAUUACAGUGAAAACAAUAAAAUAAUUAUUGGGAUUUUAAAAUAUUAA